AACAAUUAAUACGGCAAGAACGAGAUCUUGAAAAUAGCGAGCGAGAGAGAGGGAGAGAGAGAAGGAGGAAAGCAGAGGCCUUGCGUUUGUGUCUGAUCUCUUCCCCUUGCGGAGUCUCCAAUACAUUUCGUUUCAUCCCUCUUUCUUUCUUCUCUUGCUUGCCCGAUCGAAUCCGCUGUCUCCUAAGUUAAACUUCCGAAGAUAAGACAAGGGGUAAGUCCUUCAUUGCCCAUCUGCUUCUUUUUAUGAUGUUCUUGCUUUAUCCCCUUUGAGCUCGGACACCAGAAGAAACAGAGCAAGAGAUUAACAGAGUCACAAACAGAGAGGGACAAUGGGGAUCUUGGAUGCGUGUGAGGAUGCCGUUCAGAUCACUGACUCGGAGGAGGCAAAGGACACGACCGUGAUCACCGUGAACUGCCCCGACAAAACUGGACUGGGAUGUGAUUUGUGCAGGAUCAUCUUGCUCUUUGGGUUGAGCAUUACCAAAGGAGAUGUGUCGACGGAUGGGAAGUGGUGCUACAUUGUGCUCUGGGUGGUGGGGAAACCAACAACGAGGUGGGCUUUGUUGAAGAAGAGGCUGUUGGAGGUUUGCCCUUCUUAUUUUUCCAUGUCAGGAAUCAAGUACUACAGACCAGAGAUGGAUAAGCCCGAGCCCCAUGGUGUGUUCCUCUUGAAGUUCUGGUGCUCCUGUGACCGUAAAGGUCUAUUACAUGAUGUAACAAGGGUCCUCUGUGAGUUGGAGCUUACGAUAAAGAGAGUGAAGGUGUCCACUGCUCCAGAUGGGAGGGUGAUGGACCUCUUCUUCGUGACAGACUCCAGAGCACUUCUUCAUACUCAGCAGAGACAGGAGGAAACGACGCGCCGUCUCAGAGAUGUAUUAGGGGACUCCAUUCUUAGUUGUGAGAUUGAAAUGGCCGGCCCUGAAGUCACUACCUGUUCACAGGGAUCGCUGUUUCUGCCGUCUGCUGUUGCUGAAGACAUGUUCAGCUUAGAACUAUCGAGCGAAAAGCCCACCGCCUCUCUUUUCUCUAACCCCCUUUCUAUUAUCAUGGACAACUCCAUAAGCCGGUCACACACGGUGGUUCAAGUCCUUUGUCAGGACCACAAAGGUCUGAUCUAUGAUAUUAUGGGGACGUUGAAGGAUUAUAACAUCCAGGUUUCUUACGGAAGGUUCUGUGCGAAAGCGAACGGGAACUGCGAGGUGGAGUUGUUCAUCCUGCAAGCGGAUGGCAAUAAGAUAGUCGAUCUGAACAAAAAGAACACAUUAUGUUCUCGUCUUAGAAUGGAGCUCUGGCACCCUCUUAGAGUGGCUGUCGUGAACCGGGGUCCAGACACUGAGCUGCUAGUUGCUAAUCCCGUCGCAUUGUCCGGAAGAGGUCGACCGCUCGUGUUUCAUGACAUUACUCUCGCUCUAGAGACUCUCAAUACUCGGAUCUUUUCGGUAGAAAUCGGGAGACACAUGGUGCACAACCGGGAGUGGGAAGUGUACAGAAUCUUGAUUGACGAAGCCGAUAGCUUGCGCGUGCCAAGGAAGAAGAUCAAGGAAGGCGUGAGAAACAAAUUGAUGGGGUGGGAGUAGGUUGAGAUGUUGAUGUGAGUUAAGUUUGUUACUCUCUCAUCACCAUUAGUGUACGACAAAGUGCUUUCAGUUUUAGGCAUGCAAAAUCACAUCUAGGUCAAUCUAACAAGGCAAUCACUGUAUAUCACGAGAAGCUGGGGGAACAGAUCAUGGCUAGGUGCUUCCCAAUCUCGACUAAGUCUACACUUUCCAUCAGAAUACCAGCAUUCGCAUAUCAUUGAUGUGUAUAUAUUUGACUACAGCAGUGUCAGUGAAUUUCUGUUGGUACUCUGA